ACGACACAUUAGCCGAGCGGCUGGAAUUUCUUCUUGCCUUCCUGAUAAUUUCAGCUUGUCCUCAGCAGGCAUUUACUUGCUUGUGAUUGUGACUUCCUAGUGCAGGCGCAUCUUCCCAACGACAGCGUCCUUUUUGGUCUCAUUGCCACCUCUGAUUCACUCAAUUCGACAAAACUACAACUCUUCACGCUGUCGCGACUUUGGCGCUAUUCCUCCCUUUCAACUUUUCUCCUGGAACCAGAAUAACACAUAUAAUUUGACUCUAUCUCUUCACUAUGGCGGAAGUCGAGAUGCCACAGCCGGUGCCCGGCCCCGUCUCAAACGAGAACGCUGCGCCAUCAACCAACGAUGAAAUCAAGACUGUCUUCCAUGAUAUGAACAACUUCAACGUCAAGCAUCCGCUCUUGAACGCCUGGAGUCUGUGGUUCACCAAGCCGCCUUCUUCAAAGGGUGACAAUUGGAACGACCUGCUGAAAGAAGUUAUCACCUUCGACACGGUCGAAGAGUUCUGGGGCGUCUAUAACAACAUCACAGCGUGCUCCGAUCUCAGCCUCAAGUCAGAUUACCACCUCUUCAAGAAAGGCGUCAGGCCAGAGUGGGAAGAUCCGCAGAACAAGCACGGCGGCAAAUGGUCAUACUCCUUCAAGGACAAAAAACUCAUCAACAUCGACGAGCUCUGGUUACAUACUCAACUCGCUGCAAUCGGUGAAACCCUGGAAGAUGAAGGGGACAACGAGAUCAUGGGCGUGGUUGUGAAUGUUCGUAAGGGCUUUUACAGAAUUGGAUUGUGGACUCGGACAACAGGAAAAGCUGGUGGUAGAGACACGCUGAUGAAGAUCGGUGCACGAUUCAAGGAAGUUUUACAGCUCGGAGCCAACGACGUUCUCGAAUUCAGCGGUCACACUGAUGCAGCGCAUGCCGGUAGCACCAGAGCAAAGGCCAAGUACACGGUCUAAGCAGGAUUGCUCAAACUUUCAGUGGCGGUCUAAUCUACAUCACGGUAUUAUGGUAUGCGGCAUGGUUUGGGCUCGCAAAGGAGUCUCAUGGCGUUUCUGCCCAGAUCAAACGGGCUGGUGUGUGAGAAAAGAGGAUACCCUGCAUUUCUUUGAAGGAUCAGCAUAGCAUAAAGGCCGUCCACUGAGGUUUCGCCAGAAUAUGAUUGCCAAAUUCACAUAUGCUUCCGGGAUUAAA